GGGGAGCCUUGCGGUUCGGGGCGCGCGGAAAUUGCCCUGCGCUCGCGGGGCACGCGCGCAGGCUUCGCCCCAUGGCCGGGACACGGGGCCACGAUCCUUGGGGGGCCUCUGGGCUUUUCUACCUUCUUGGCUCUCUGCUUGCCGGAAUGUUCUGCCCCGGGGCUGUUGCCUUCAAUCUGGACGUGAUGGGCGCCCUGCGCAAGGAGGGCGAGUCGGGUAGUCUCUUCGGCUUCUCUGUGGCCCUGCACCGACAGUUGCAGCCCCGACCCCAGAGCUGGCUGUUGGUGGGUGCUCCUCAGGCCCUGGCUCUGCCUGGGCAGCAGGCAAAUCGCACUGGAGGCCUCUUCGCCUGCCCCUUGAGCCUGGAGGAGACCGACUGCUACAGAGUGGACAUCGACCAGGGAGUUGAUGUGCAAAAGGAGAGCAAGGAGAACCAGUGGCUGGGAGUCAGUGUUCGGAGCCAGGGGCCAGGGGGCAAGAUUGUUACCUGUGCACAUCGAUAUGAGGCACGGCAGCGAGUGGACCAGAUCCUGGAGACGCGCGAUGUGAUCGGUCGCUGCUUUGUGCUCAGCCAGGACCUCGCCAUCCGUGAUGAGCUGGAUGGUGGGGAGUGGAAGUUCUGUGAGGGGCGCCCCCAGGGCCACGACCAAUUUGGGUUCUGCCAGCAGGGCACAGCCGCCGCCUUCUCCCCCGACAGCCACUAUCUCCUCUUUGGGGCCCCGGGAACUUAUAACUGGAAGGGCACGGCCAGGGUGGAGCUCUGUGUGCAGGGCUCAGCGGACCUGGCAUACCUGGACGACGGGCCCUACGAGGCGGGGGGCGAGAAGGAGCAGGACCCCCGCCUCAUCCCGGUCCCUGCCAACAGCUACUUUGGGUUGCUCUUUGUGACCAACAUUGAUAGCUCAGACCCUGACCAGCUGGUGUAUAAAACUUUGGACCCUGCUGACCGGCUCCCAGGACCAGUCGGAGACUUGGCCCUGAAUAGCUACUUAGGUUUCUCCAUUGACUCGGGGAAGGGGCUGGUGCGUGCAGAGGAGCUGAGCUUUGUCGCAGGGGCGCCUCGUGCCAACCACAAGGGUGCUGUGGUCAUUCUGCGCAAGGACAGUGCCAGCCGCCUGGUACCUGAAGUCGUAUUGUCUGGGGAGCGCCUGACCUCUGGCUUUGGCUAUUCACUGGCUGUGGCCGAUCUCAACAAUGAUGGCUGGCCAGACCUGGUAGUGGGUGCCCCCUACUUCUUUGAGCGCCAAGAAGAGCUGGGUGGUGCUGUGUAUGUGUACAUGAACCAGGGUGGUCACUGGGCUGAUGUCUCCCCUCUUCGACUCUGCGGCUCCCCUGACUCCAUGUUUGGAGUCAGUGUGGCUAUCCUGGGGGACCUCAACCAAGAUGGCUUCCCAGAUAUCGCUGUGGGUGCUCCCUUUGAUGGUGAUGGAAAAGUCUUUAUCUACCACGGGAGCAGCCUGGGGGUUGUUCUUACACCUUCACAGGUGCUGGAGGGCGAGGCUGUGGGCAUCAAGAGCUUCGGCUACUCCCUGUCUGGCGGCCUGGAUAUGGACGGGAAUCAUUACCCCGAUCUGCUGGUGGGCUCCCUGGCUGACACUGCUGUCCUCUUUAGGGCCAGACCUGUCCUCCAUGUCUCCCAUGAGGUCUUCAUUGCUCCUCGUACCAUCGACCUAGAACAGCCCAACUGUCCUGGUGGCCACUCAGUCUGUGUGGACCUAAGGGUAUGUUUCAGCUACAUCGCAGCCCCCAGCAGCUACAGCCCUAUUGUGGCCCUGAAUUACAUGAUAGAUGGAGACACAGACCGGAGGCUCCGGGGCCAGGUCCCACGGGUGACCUUCCUGAGUCGUAAUCCAGAUGACCCCAAACACCAGGCCUCGGGCACCGUGUGGCUGAAGCACCAGCAUGACCGAGUCUGUGGAGACACCAUGUUCCAGCUGCAGGAGAAUGUCAAAGAUAAGCUUCGGGCCAUUGUGGUGACGCUGUCCUAUAGUCUCCAGACCCCUCGGCUCCGGCGACAGGCUCCUGGCCAGGGGCUUCCCCCAGUGGCCCCCAUCCUCAAUGUCCACCAGCCCAGCACCCAGCGGGCAGAGAUCCACUUUCUGAAGCAAGGCUGUGGUGAAGACAAGAUCUGCCAGAGCAACCUGCAGCUAGUCCAGGCUCGCUUCUGUUCCCGGGUCAGCGACACGGAGUUCCAGCCUCUGCCCAUGGAUGCUGAUGGGAUGACAGCCCUGUUUGCACUGAGUGGGCAGCCAGUCAUCGGCCUGGAGCUGAAGGUCACCAACCUGCCCUCGGACCCAGCCCAGCCCCAGGCUGAUGGGGACGAUGCUCACGAGGCCCUGCUCCUGGUCACUCUCCCUGCCUCUUUGGACUACUCAGGAGUCCGGGCCUUGGACCCUGCCGAGAAGCCACUCUGCUUGUCCAAUGAGAAUGCUUCCCAUGUCGUGUGUGAGCUGGGGAACCCCAUGAAGAGAGGUGCCCAGGUCACCUUCUACCUUAUACUUAGCACCUCAGGGAUCACCAUUGAGACCACAGAGCUGGACGUGGAGCUGCUGCUGGCCACGAUCAGCGAGCAGGAGCUGCAUCCAGUCUCUCUUCGGGCCCGGGUCUUCAUUGAGCUGCCCCUGUCCAUCACUGGGGUGGCCAUUCCCCAGCAACUCUUCUUCUCCGGUGUGGUGAGGGGCGAGAGUGCCAUGAGGUCUGAGCGUGAUGUGGGCAGCAAGGUCAAGUAUGAGGUCACGGUCUCCAACCAAGGCCAGUCGCUCAACACUCUGGGCUCUGCCUUCCUCAACAUUAUGUGGCCCCACGAGAUUGCCAAUGGGAAGUGGCUGCUGUACCCUGUACGGGUGGAGCUGGAGGGCGGGCAGGGGCCCGGGCAGAAGGGGUUCUGUUCCCCGAGGCCCAAUAUCCUCCACCUGGAUGUGUACAGCUGGGACAGGAGGCGGCGGGAGCUGGGGCAGCCUGAGCAGCAGGAGCCACGUGAGCAGCCGGAGCCUAGCGCAUCCUGGUGGCCAGUGUCCUCUGCUGAGAAGAUGAAAAACAUCACCCUGGACUGCGCCCGAGGCACAGCUAACUGCAUAGUGUUCAGCUGCCCGCUCUACAGCUUUGACCGCGUGGCUGUGCUGCGAGUCUGGGGCCGCCUCUGGAACAGCACCUUCCUGGAGGAGUACUCAACUGUGAAAUCCCUGGAAGUGAUUGUCCGGGCCAACAUCACGGUGAAGUCCUCCAUCAAGAACUUGCUGCUUAAAGAUGCCUCCACAGUGAUUCCAGUGAUGGUGUAUUUGGACCCGAUGGCCGUGGUGGCAGAAGGAGUCCCCUGGUGGGUCAUCCUCUUGGCUGUACUGGCUGGGCUGUUGGUGCUGGCACUGCUGGUGCUGCUGAUGUGGAAGAUGGGAUUCUUCAAGCGGGCUCGGUACCCUGAGGCAACAGUGCCCCAGUACCAUGCGGUGAAGAUCCCACGGGAAGAUCGGCAGCAGUUCAAGGAGGAGAAGACAGGCACCAUCCUGAGGAACAACUGGGGCAGCCCCCGGAGGGAAGGCCCUGAUGCACACCCCAUCCUGGCUGCGGAUGGGCGCCCUGAGCUGGGCCCUGACAGGCAUCCUGUGCCAGCCACUGCCUAGUUUCCUUUGUCCCAGCCUGGCCUGUGGGUCCCCUCCACCCUUCCCCUAGUGAUGGCUUCUUGGGAUAAAGAGGGUAGAGUGGGUUGCUGGUGUCGCAGGAGGAUUUGGCAGAAUCUGCUUCCUCAGGGCCGUGGGCCUCUCCUCACGCCCCACUAAGAUCACCCCCCGCACUUCCCCUGGAAUGCUGUGCAGUGAGAGGGGAUAAAUCAGGGAUGGGGCUGUGGGGUAGAGUGAGAAGGGCAGGAAUGUCCUGACUCAAAGGUGGGAGAAGGGACCUCCCUCUCCCAUUCACCCUGUAUAACAGGACCCCAGGAACCUGUCUCCCUCAAAGUGCCUUAGCUUAGAAGACCAGGGCUGACUCAGGGGCUCCUCCGUCCCUACUUCCCCCCUCCUCUGACCUUAGUUUGCUGCAUCAGCCUAGUGGGUUUUGUCUAUUUAUUAAAGAAACAUUUGAGGACAAAAACCUUUGGCUUCUUUACUGAGUUCUGCUCCCUCAUCCUGAGGUCUCCAGGGGAGGCCUGAUUCUUUCCAGUAUCGCCAUAAUUCAGAUGCAGGUACUACAGGGGAGGAUGGGUCAGGUGGUCUGACAGGGACGAUACACCAUGACUUUCAGGACCAGUUCCUAGAGGCGCAUGGGUGUGACAGCUGAAGGAGGGAGGGGGACUUUACCAUGGAAGUAAGGGAAAGGGAGGGGAGCUGGCCCAGUGGGUGGAUGUAUAAAAGUUGGGAAAUCCGGUCCAGAAAUUGGCAGUUAAGGACAUGACAGGGUAUAGCUGCUCUCUCUCUCUCCGGUCAGGGUAGGAAUAGAGCUUUUUCACUGUGGAAGGAGAGACUGCAGUUAGAGAUUCCCACUGGCGGAGGUGGGAGAGAGAGGAAUUAGAGGAAAAUCCUGGUGGUUUAGUGGUUAAGAGCUACGGCUGCUAACCAAAAGGUUGGCAUUUCAAAUCCACCAGCCACCCCUUGGAAACCCUAUGGGGCAGUUCUACUCUGUCCUAUAGGGUCACUAUGAGUCAGCAGU